CAGUCCAGCAACAUGCGCAAGACAAGCAUCCUAAUCGUGGCCCUUGUGGCACUUUUCGCCAUCUCAGAGGCAGUUCCUUCAUUGCCCACGACGGGACCCAUUCGGGUUCGUCGCCAGGUGCUCGGAGGUUCCUUAAGCUCCAAUCCCGCUGGUGGCGCUGAUGCUCGCUUGGAUCUCACCAAGGGCAUUGGCAAUCCCAACCACAAUGUGGUGGGUCAGGUUUUCGCCGCUGGGAACACUCAAAGCGGUCCCGUCACAACUGGCGGAACUUUGGCCUACAACAAUGCUGGCCAUGGUGCUUCCUUGACCAGAACACACACGCCCGGAGUAAAGGAUGUCUUUCAGCAGGAGGCCCACGCCAAUCUAUUCAACAACGGCAGACACAACCUGGAUGCCAAGGUGUUCGCCUCCCAAAACAAGCUGGCCAACGGCUUCGAAUUCCAGCGUAAUGGAGCCGGUCUGGAUUACUCCCACAUCAACGGACAUGGUGCUUCGCUGACGCACAGCAACUUCCCAGGAAUCGGCCAGCAGCUCGGUCUAGAGGGACGUGGUAACCUGUGGUCCUCGGCGGAUCGGGCAACCCGCUUGGAUCUGACAGGAUCGGCCAGCAAGUGGACAAGUGGACCGUUCGCCAACCAGAAGCCCAACUUUGGUGCUGGCCUGGGUCUAUCUCAUCAUUUCGGUUAA